CUUCCUAUUCGCUUUAUGAGGUUGGGGCAAGUUUCAGUCGUUUCCGCACUAAUGAUUCAUCGAGAUUCGAAUGAAUGCGGAGAAGUGGGUGCUUCGUACUAGGACGUCGAAGUCCGACGGCGGACGUGUUGGAUAACAGUUGCCGAUGAACGCCGGCCACCCAGUUCCUUUACUCGUUUAUAUUCUGGUCGGGGAAGACUUUGGAAAUCUCAUCAAACCAUCCUUGGAUAGCUAGAUAUACGUCAAAGAUAUAAACCCACGAUUGUCGAUCGGAUUGCAACGUCUAUACUUUAUAGUACAAUUCAUAUUAGCGGAGUACCAUGUCGAAUACCGAGAAGUUGAUACGAAUUACCACGCUCAUCCCGAGAAAGAAAGGAAUGACCCAGAAGGAGUUCUACAAGCACUGGACCGAAGUACACGGGCCAAUGGUUGUGGACUUCAUGAUGCGACACGGCGUGGUCGAGUAUCGUCAGUAUCACACAACGCCCGAGACAAAGGCCCUGGGGGAGGCCAUGGCAAGGGCGGCGGGGCGGCCGAUGCUGAGCUUCGACGGCAUUAGUGACGCGUAUGUGAGGGACUUCAAGACGUUUGAGGACGCGUUCAAGGACCCGGAAUAUCUUGACAAGAUCCGCGCGGAUGAGCUGGCUUUUAUCGAUGUCGAGAAUAUCCAGAUGACCAUUGGCCAGGACUGGCUGGUGGUUGCGGACGGGAAGAAGGUGACUGAGCAUGCUCGGAAAAUUGAAUGAGUGGGAGGAUGACUGAAUGUGAGCCGAGACUGGGGUCUCAAGUGUGCGUGUGUAGAAUGGAAAUGGUUCCGAGAGGGUGUGUUUGGAGUCAGAGUAUAAAGUGGGGGGGUUUGCGGUUAGG